CAUUUUCAUUCGGUAAGCAAAGCGACGCAGUAAUUAUAGUGCACUGGCAACACGCCACUAGGCACGCAGAGGUGCCGUUUGCUGGCCGUGAAUGAGAAGCAACGGCGGCGGCAUAAUUUUCUUCUCGCCAGAAUCCAACAAAACACUAUAGAAUUCUAUUUUGAAUUCGCUGCUACUUUCAUAGUUCUUGUUUAAUCGUAAUUCAGUCAGGCAAUCAGUCAAAUUGAAAUCAUCGUCACUAUCUCAUAUAAAAUCCACGCCAUUGGUUGUUAGAUGAAGUUCCAUUGGGUUAUGCAGAUCUUUCAUUCUCGUAUUUCCUUUUUCAGUUUGAUGAAUGUUUGAUUCCGUAUUCACAACAUGCCUGGAGCAGCCAAGGAACAAACGCACAAGAAAAAAUUGCAUGUGGAAGAUGAGGCCAGAAAUUUACAAAAAAAGAAACCUAAAUUAAAACAAAAGAACAGGACUCAUUCGUCAUUAUUGAAGAAAAAACUUACUAAUCGGUUAGGUGUAAAUAAGGGGAUUCCUGGUUUGAAGAAGAAGGUAGUGGAUAAAGCCACUGUGCAUAAAACCAAAACCUGCAAGAAGCAACCCUCGUUGAGUGGUAUAAAUGAUAAACUUCAGAUCUUUAGCGCAGAGGACAGCGAAAAACAGGAUGAUGGAGAUAUAAAGUUGCAAAAGUUAAAGAGAAAGAGAAGGAGAAAGAAGAGAAAGGAUAAUAUGGAGCUUGAUGAAGCUUUGCGAUUGCAAAGGAGGACGAGGUACCUGUUGUUAAAACUGAAUCUGGAGCAGAAUCUUAUUGACGCUUAUUCUGCAGAAGGUUGGAAGGGUCAGAGGUAUAAAUUAUUGACCCUAUUAGCCUUCUUAGAAUCCUAG